AUGUCUGCUAGAGGGCUUAUGACUUUGCACCAGAGACUAGGCGCAAAAGUCACGAUCCAUUUGACUGUAUCGAAUCUAUUGGCUUCAACUUCACCUCAGCAAAAAGUUUGUAACUCGCAGCUUUUGCAUACGAGAGCGUUACACCAAUUUGUUUACAAAAAAACAAAUAUCGGUUCAACGACAAUUUAUUCGAAAAAUGCUGAAUGUUGGAAACGAUACUGGAAGCGUGGGCAAACCCAACCUAUUUAUAAUCCGACAUGGAACAUUCGUCAAUUAGUUAAUAAGUCUCAUACAACCCUACCAAAAGAAUUCACAAAACCUACAGUUAUUGAAAAUACUACCAAAGUAAACAAGGAUUGGAAAAUAAUUAAGAAUAUAUUAGGUUACAUAUGGCCGAGAGAUGAACCAGCUAUCAAAGUUCGUGUGAUUGCCGCCUUAUCACUGUUAAUUGCAGGAAAAUUGCUUAAUGUACAAGUUCCAUUUUUUUUUAAAAAUAUCGUUGAUUCUUUAAAUGUUGAUGUAACUCAAUUCGGAACAGUAUGGACUAUUGUUGGUUCAGUGAUAAUUGGAUAUGGUGCGGCUCGUAUUGGAGCGGCUGUAUUUCAGGAAUUAAGGAAUGCAAUCUUCGCCAAUGUAGCCCAAAAGGCUAUUCGUAAGGUUGCUAGGAAUGUGUUUAAUCACUUACAUCAACUUGAUUUAAAUUUCCAUUUGUCACGUCAAACUGGUGGUUUAAGUAGGGCGAUUGAUCGUGGAACGAAAGGUAUAAGCUUUUUGCUUUCUUCUCUUGUUUUUCAUGUAUUGCCUACCGCAUUGGAAAUAUCCAUCGUGUGUGGUAUUUUGGUUUAUAACUUCGGUACGCGCUAUGCAGCGGUUACAGCACUUACAUUAUUAACUUAUACCGUUUUCACUAUUCAAACAACUUCAUGGCGAACAAAAUUUAGAAGAAAGGCCAAUCAGGCUGAUAAUGAAGCUGCUACGGUUGCGGUUGAUUCCUUGAUUAACUAUGAAGCCGUAAAGUACUUUAACAAUGAGAAAUUUGAAGUGGAACAAUAUGAUAAUGCUUUAAAGAAAUAUGAGAAAGCAUCUCUUAAAAUUGCGACCUCCCUUAGCUUCCUCAAUUCGGGUCAAAAUAUGAUAUUUAGUAGUGCAUUGACCGCCAUGAUGUAUUUGGCUGCUCAGGGGAUUGUUUCAGGAAGUCUCACGAUUGGUGAUUUGGUAAUGGUUAAUCAACUCGUAUUUCAAUUAUCUUUCCCUCUUAAUUUUCUCGGCUCCGUAUAUAGGGAACUUCGUCAAAGUUUGAUUGAUAUGGAAGUUAUGUUCAAUUUACAAGGAGUGGAAGUUUCAAUUAAGGAUUCACCUAACGCAAAACCUUUAAUACUCAAAGGUGGCGAAAUAAAGUUUGAAGAUGUUGUAUUUGGAUAUCAUCCCGAUCGUCCAAUUUUGAAUGGAAUAAGUUUUACUAUACCAAGAGGAAAGAAAGUUGCGAUCGUCGGACCAAGUGGAUGUGGAAAGUCAACCAUACUCCGAUUACUUUUCCGUUUUUACGACCCACAAAAUGGUAAUAUAUAUAUCGACGGACAAAAUAUUAAAGAUGUAAAGUUAGAAAGUUUAAGAGCGAACAUCGGUGUUGAUACGUCUCUUUUUAACAAUACGAUUUAUCAUAACAUUGCUUAUGGUCAAAUGACGGCUGAUCGUGAAAAGGUUGAAUCCGCAGCCAAACGUGCGCGUAUACAUGACGUUAUUAUGUCAUUGCCAAAAAAAUAUGAAACACGAGUAGGUGAACGUGGAUUGAUGAUCUCUGGUGGUGAAAAGCAGAGGGUUGCACUAGCCAGAACAAUUUUGAAAGAUCCUCCAAUAAUAUUCUUUGAUGAGGCAACAUCUGCUUUAGAUACGCACACCGAACAAUCACUUCUAUCUAAUAUACGGAGUUUCCUUCAGGGAAGUAACAAAACCAGCAUGUUUGUCGCACAUCGUUUAAGAUCUAUUGCUGAUGCUGAUGUGAUAAUCGUGUUAAGGGAUGGAGUUAUAAUUGAACAAGGAACCCAUGAUAUUCUUGUUCAAUAUGAUGGAAUCUAUCGAGAUAUGUGGUUCACACAAGAAAUGGCCGAUCCCGCUUUUGAUGAGGAGGAGGAAGAAUUCUCGAGGAAGUUAAAUGAAUUAUAA